AUGGAUCGCUACGCGCAGUCCCAACUUGGAAUAUGGAAAUAUCAAUGUCCGAACAAAGAAAGCGACAUGGAAGAAAAGCAAGGGUGGAAGACAGGAUUAGUAGUUUACCAGACUCUAUACUUCACCUUAUCCCCUCUUUUCUUCCAACCAAGGAAGUUCGUUGUUGCCACAAGCCUUUUGUCUAAGAGAUGGAAGCCCCUUUGGCUUUCAAUGAACACUUUUGACUUUGAUGAUGCAUCAUUCCAUAGUCUUGACAAUUUCUUUCUGUUUGUAGACAAUAUUGAAAAGCUUCAACAUUUGGUUUCAGCAGCUGUUCCUUUCAAUCUAAUUAAGUGGAAAGCAUUUUCCAAUGUGACUUUUCUUCGGUUAAAUACGGAUAAAAUAUCAUCUGUCAAUGAUGAUUUUCCAAGGUUUGAGAAUUUAGCUCGCAUAGGAUUUUCAUGUCUUUAUGAUGAAGACUUGAAUUGGGUAGUGAAAGGCCUAAGAAGCUGCCCCAAACAUGAAGUUCCUGUGAUGAAUCAGAUUUUUGCUCAUCCUCAUAGGAAAGGAAGGUCGAUGGAACCAAUAUUGGAAGUUCCUCCAUGUGUCUCAUCACACUUGAAGGAAUUCAGAGACUUGGUAGAUUCGAGGGCUUGA